AUGACACAGCCACCUGGGUUUGUUGAUCCAAAGCAUGAAGAUUAUGUGUGCAGGUUACAUAAAUCACUCUACGGUUUAAAACAGGCACCAUGGGCCUGGAAUGAGAGGUUCACGACUUUUCUACCAUCUUUAGAGUUCAAGUCUACAUAUGCCGAUUCAUCCUUGUUUGUAAAAACUGUUGAUCAUUCUGUGGUGAUCCUGCUUUUAUAUGUGGAUGACAUAAUCAUAACAGGGAGUGCUAUGCAAGCUAUCAUUGAAGUUAUUCAAUCUCUUGCUAAGGAGUUUGAAAUCAAAGAUUUAGGACCCCUUCACUAUUUUCUGGAGAUUCAAAUUGUGCAGAAUAUGGAUGGCAUGUUUCUUUCCCAAGACAAGUAUGUAACUGACCUUUUAACUAAGUCGAACAUGCUUCUCUCUAAACCCUGUGCUACUCCAUGUUUGCCAAACAAUAGACUACUCAUCGAUGAUGGUAAGCCGUACAAUAAUCCUUCCUUGUAUAGGAGCUUGGUUGGUGCCCUACAAUACUUGACGUUUACUAGACCGGACAUUGCUUUUGCUGUGCAUCAGGUCUGUCAAUUUAUGCAAAGACCGAUGGAAUCUCAUUUUUUGGCUGUGAAACGGAUCCUCAGGUAUCUAAAGGCUACUCGAGGCUGUGGUAUUCACUAUGUCCGAGGAUCUCUUGAUAUAACUGCAUAUAGUGAUGCAGAUUGGGCUGGAGACCGUAAUGAUCGACGGUCAACUACGGGCAUGGUGGUGUUCUUGGGUUCUAAUCCUAUUUCCUGGAUGUCUAAGAAACAAACCACAGUCUCUCGGUCAUCAACGGAGGCUGAAUAUCAGACACUAUCUACUACAGCUGCUGAACUGGAUUGGCUCAAGUCUCUGCUGCAUUUUCUACAGAUUCCAAUGACUGAGCAACCCCUCCUCUUUUGUGACAAUUUGUCUGCGAUAGCUUUGACUUGCAAUCCAAUUCAACAUCAACGAACAAAACAUAUUGAGGUUGAUGUUCAUUUUGUUCGUGAAAGGGUAGCAGCACAACAACUACAGGUGCACUUUGUGUCUUCAACUGAGCAGUUUGCAGAUAUCCUUACCAAAGGUCUCUCUGCCCCUCUUUUUCGGACUCAUUGUGCCAAUCUCAGGCUGCAUUUCUCUGCUCCUGAGCUUGAGGGGGGAUGUUAG